AUGGCUCCGUGGCGCAGAUCAACAGUCUUCAGCGAGAGUCUACUAUUUCCCCCCGAUAGUUACAAUCACAAUGCAUGGAACGCAGAGAUUCAUCUGCUCAGGUCGGAUCUAGGCCCGCUCCCGUACACCACCGUCUGGCUGGUCUCGGAGUUUCUGAUCCUCGUAGCCCUGCUCGUUUUCCUUCCGGGGGCUUGCACGAUCAAACAGUCUUCAUGCGGUGCAACGGCGCUGUUUCCGACCCUGGCGGUGAUCGGGUCUCUCGUCUCCUACCUCCUUUCGCAAAUCCUGUCCGUCAUCCUCUUGCUUGUUUACUUCCUUGAGGCCACCGUAAAGCAAAGCUACGUCGUCGCGGGAAUCUUGCAGAUGAUAUUUCGGCUCCUUGCGUUGCUGCUACUCUGCUACGCGCUGUACCAGGUCAUUCUCGGGGCCCUCGAGCGCAUUUCCUUUCCGGUGGGGCUUUCCAUCCUCGUUAGGAAAGGCCACUGGGGGGUUGUUGGGAUUCUUUCUAUAGUCGUGAUUGCGAAUUGUGUCCUGCGGAUCGUCUCUGUUGUCAAAACGGUGGAGGGCAUCGAUGCCGGUAUAGCGGCCCAUGACAACCGCCUGACUACAUCUCGCGCCAUCCUCUUCAUGAUCACGUCUCUGGAGAUAUUGCUCUGGGCCACAUUAAGCAUUUUCAGAUCAUCCUCUAGCUCUGAGCUGCUAACCCGGACCAUCUCUCUCGUCACCUCUGCUCUCUCCUACCUCGUUCUCACCCUGACCUCGACCAUCCGGACCAUCCGGUACGUGUACCUGCACGUCCCAGAGCCCGGAUACGUCAAUGCCGCCUGCGCAGUGGUCGAAUUCUUCAGCAUAGUCGGCAUCUACACCGGUCUUAUCAUCUACUGGAUUCAAAUUGAGAAAGAGGAGGAAGCUCUCUCAAUAGAGAGUCAUCUUCGUGAUCGAUACGCGUCGGAAAGAAAGCCAUACGUCCCUUAUCGGCCUUCUAUCGGAGAAGUUUUGAGUGGGCCGGGUUCGAACAAGGUCGGAGGGACUGAUGGGACGUGGAUGGGGAGCUCGGAGGCGUUUAUGUCUGGGGGCAUAUAG